GAUGAAGUAACGAGAGGAAAAAGUCCGGAGCAGCUGAUGGAGUAUUAUGGCGCACUUACGGUUGCUGCCCUAUGGGGCAUAACGAACACGCUGAUCAGACGGGCCAUUUGCAUACAGCCAUACGUGGAGCAUAGCAGUAUGUGCUAA